ACCGCUCUCUUUACCACACUUAUUACUGUUCACGCCCAAUUUCACGACUUUAACGAGGGAUCUUUCAGUUUAAUAGGUGCUGAAGGGGGGAGGUCGAGUCCUCCGGGCGAUUACACCAUUAUGAAGGAACCAGUCGCUCAUCGCGCCCCAAAAGUCAUCAAAAAGAUCCAGUUCAGUCUUUUGAAUAACCAGGAUACUGUCAAGAUAUCCGAGUUUGAAGUUACCCACCGCGACCUGUAUACCCCUGUGGACCGACAACCCGUAAAGAAUGGUGUUCUCGAUCGACGAUUGGGCACAACGGAGAAAAACGCGUUCUGCGAGACAUGUGGCUUGAACUCAGUAGAUUGCGUCGGACACUAUGCAUAUAUCAAGCUGUGUGUACCGGUGUUCCACAUUGGCUACUUCAAGCACACGAUCAGUAUCUUGCAGUGUAUUUGUAAGACUUGCGCUCGAGUGCUACUAGAAGAACCCGACCGUCGAGCGUAUCUGAAGCGUUUCCGUCGACCAAAUCUAGAAAACAUUCAGAGACAGGCUCUCAUCAAGGCUGUAAACACGCUUGCUCGCAAAGCCGUUUAUUGCCCGUACUGUGCAGCUACCAAUGGCGCGGUCAAGAAGGCUGGAGCGCUGAAGAUCAUUCACGACAAGUUCCGCGCCAAGAAGACUGCAGAUGAGAUGGAGCAAUGGAAGAAGACAUUCACAAAUGCCGUUGAAACGCAGAAGGAUCUUGCUGUGUACCUCAACAGAGCGGUCUACGAAGAGCUGAAUCCGUUGAAGGUCUUGGAUCUCUUCAAACGUAUAUCUGACGAAGAUUGCGAGCUUCUAGGUCUAAAACCGGAAUCAGGUCGACCAGAAGAGUACUUGUGGCAGUAUAUCUCUGUCCCUCCUGUAUGCAUUCGACCGUCCGUUGCCCAAGACGGAGCAUCGAACGAGGAUGAUCUAACGGUGAAAUUGACGGAGAUUGUCUUUACGAACGCUCUCAUAAAGCAGGGUCUAGCAAAAGGUGCUCCAACUGCGCAGUUCAUGGAACAAUGGGACUUUAUGCAACUCUCUGUCGCAAUGUACAUCAAUUCGGAGCUCCCUGGUGUGCCGCCGCAGAUGGGCCAGAAACCAAUACGUGGAUUCUGUCAACGACUGAAGGGCAAACAGGGCCGUUUCCGAGGUAAUCUGUCGGGAAAGCGUGUCGAUUUCUCUGGUCGUACCGUCAUUUCACCCGACCCAAACCUUCGCAUUGACGAGGUUGCUGUACCGGAAAGAGUCGCCAAGAUUCUGACGUAUCCUGAGCGAGUCACUUCGCAUAACAUGGAGGGGUUGAAGAAGGCGAUCCGAAACGGUUGCGACUUACAUCCGGGUGCGAACUACGUGACUGCAGGUAGUAGUGGGUUCAAGAAAUACCUCAAAUUUGGCAACAGGAGCGCCAUUGCGGAUGGCCUCAGGAUUGGAGAUGUCGUCGAGAGGCAUAUCAUUGAUGGGGAUAUUGUUCUCUUCAACCGACAACCUAGUUUGCACAAGUUGUCUAUCAUGUGCCAUAGGGUGAAAGUACGACCGUGGCGUUCAUUCCGUUUGAAUGAGUGUGUUUGCGGCCCCUAUAAUGCUGACUUCGAUGGGGACGAGAUGAACUUACACGUACCGCAGACAGAAGAAGCUCGAACGGAGGCACUCGAGCUGAUGAGCGUAAAUCACAAUCUCGUCACGCCUCGAAACGGAGAGCCCGUCAUUGCCGCCAUUCAAGAUUUCAUCACUGCAUCCUUCCUCCUCUCUCGUCGGGACCGGUUCUUUGAUAGACGACAAUUCACCCAGAUAUGUUCCUACCUCGCAGAUGCCGACCUGGACAUUGACAUCCCUCCACCCACCAUCUGGAAACCUGUCCGCUUGUGGACUGGAAAACAGAUCUUCAACGUCCUAAUGCGACCCAAUGCUCGAUCAAAAGUUCGUGUCAAUGUCGAAAGCAAGUGCAAUAAGGAGGAGAAACCGAAAGCGGACUGUUAUCCUAGGAUGACGAAUCCCGCGCCUGAUCUGUCGCCGAACGAUGGCUGGCUCGUUAUUGUCAACAGCGAAAUCAUGUGCGGUGUUAUGGAUAAGGCGACGGUUGGAAGCGGUAAGAAGAAGUCCGUAUUCGGCGUGAUCAUGCGAGACUAUGGGAACUAUGAAGCGGCGGCAGCCAUGGGUAGACUAGCCAAGCUUUGCGCUCGUUAUCUUGCCAACUAUGGGUUCUCUUUGGGUAUCAACGACGUCAUACCGGGUCCAAUCCUCUCGAGGGAAAAAGAGUCUAUGGUUGCUAGGGCAUAUGCAGAAUGUGACGACCUAAUUGCUCGUGCAAAGAAAGGUCUGUUGGAGAACAAGGCCGGUUGUAACCAAGAACAAACACUGGAGGCCAUGAUUUCUUCUGUCUUGUCCAACGUCCGUGAUAAAGUCGGAGAGAUUUGCAUGAGGGAGCUCAGUCGGCAUAACGCACCGCUUAUCAUGGCCACCUGUGGUUCUAAAGGUUCCGUCAUCAAUGUCUCGCAAAUGGUUGCUUGUGUAGGUCAACAAAUCAUAGCCGGACAUCGUGUACCGGAUGGUUUUCAAGACCGUUCGCUACCGCACUUUCCCAAGAAGUCAAGAGAACCACCUUCAAAGGGUUUCGUACGGAACAGUUUCUACUCUGGGCUAUCCCCCACGGAAUUCUUGUUCCAUGCUAUUUCGGGUCGUGAAGGUCUGGUCGAUACAGCUGUCAAGACAGCCGAGACUGGUUACAUGCAACGUCGUCUCAUGAAAGCAUUGGAGGAUUUGGUGACUCACUAUGACUCGUCUGUUCGAAACGCAACUGGUGGUGUUGUGCAAUUCCGGUAUGGUGACGACGGAUUGGAUCCUGCUUGCCUUGAAGGCGAUGCUCAACCGGUCGAGUACGAAAGAGCAUGGCGACAUGCAUCGUCCAUCGCACCGAGGUCUUCCCGUGGUCUUCUACCCUUUGAGAUCUUGGAAUAUGUCGAUCGUGAGUUGGCACAACGAAGAUUCACAAGCGAGUGUACCGCUGCAUAUAUAGCAACAAUUCGCGGUUUCGUCACGGAACGUGUCGCUCAUAGACUUGCGGAGAUCCGUAAGAGUCAUGGUAUGUUCGACGCUCUGGAGCGUGAAGAAGAGUGGGAUGCCGAUACCGACCUUUCAAUGGGCGCAUCCUUGGCCGAUCGUGCAAUCGUUGACAACAAGUCCAAGGUAACAGAGGAGCAGCUAAGGACAUUCCUCGACGUCUGCUGGACGAAAUAUGUCAAAGCAAAGAUCGAACCAGGAUCCACUGUCGGUGCUGUUGGCGCCCAAUCCAUUGGUGAACCUGAAAUCAUCAAUGCCGCGAAGCUUAUCAGUACACCGAUCAUUAGUUGCAAGCUGGUCACUAGCGAUAGUGAAGCUUCUGCCCGUAUCGUGAAGGGUCGUUUGGAAAAGACUCAUUUGGGUGACAUCGCCUCUUUCAUCGAGGAAGCUUGGGCUGCGGAAUACACUUACAUUGGUAUCAUUGUCGACACGAAGACUAUUCAGGAUUUACAGCUUGAGUUGACUCUGGAUGACAUCAAGUGGGCAAUUGUAGCUGCGAGGAAACUCAAAAUCAAGCAAGAGUCUAUCACCGUGAUCCCUCGCAAGAACCGCUUGCGUGUAUAUAUCGACGGAGCCGACAAGUACUACCGUUUGAUGGAUCUCAAACGUCUUUUGCCGGGCGUCGUCGUGAAGGGUGUCCCUACUAUUCAUCGAGCUAUCAUCAAUAUCAAGGAGAAAGAUGAUUGGCGCGGUAAGAAAGGUGACAAGGAGCUACUAGUCGAAGGAUAUGGUCUUCAGAAGGUCAUGGUCACACAAGGUAUCGUUGGUGAACACACAUCGUCCAACCACGUUAUCGAGACCGCCCAAGUGUUGGGCAUUGAGGCCGCCAGACGAACUAUCAUUAACGAAAUCCAGUUCACUAUGCAGAGUCACGGUAUGAGUAUUGACCCUCGACACGUCAUGUUACUCGGAGACGUCAUGACAUACAAGGGUGAAGUGCUCGGUAUCACCCGAUUCGGUGUAGCCAAAAUGAAGGACAGCGUUCUGAUGUUGGCAUCGUUCGAGAAGACGACAGAUCACUUGUUCGACGCUUCUGCGUACGGCAAGACAGACUCUAUUGCUGGUGUCUCCGAGAGUAUUAUCAUGGGCAAUCCAGCAGCAAACACUGGCACUUCAAUGCCUGCGCUUAUCAUUCCAGCACCACCGAUCAGCAAGCCUCGGAAACUUCUCUUUGAACAAGCGCUAUGAUGGUGAGGAGGGGGAUGAAGUCAAACAGACGAUGUGUAUCAUUAUGGCAUCUGUAUUUUUAGCUUAUUCCAUUGUGCUUUGGAUAAUCGCAUUCAUAUUAUAAGUACAGGC